CAGGACGGAACUACUCCUCUAAUAUUAGCAGCAGCUAAUGGACACUACGAGUGUGUAAAGGAAUUGAUAGAACAAGGAGCAGAUCCAAGGGCUAAAAGAAUAACAGGUACAACACCUUUGUUCUUUGCAUCACAAGGAGGGUUUCUGGAUAUUGUUCAGUAUUUGCUAGCUAGAGGAGCCCCUGUGGAUUCAUUAAGUGUGGAUGGAGGAAGUGCUUUAUUUGUGGCUUGUCAAUGCGGCCACAUAGAUGUGGUGAAGGAAUUAAUUAAAAAUGGUGCCCAAGUAAACACUCACAUGAAGGACAAAGCAAGUCCCCUUUUUAUAGCAGCACAAAACGGCCAUUACAAAAUUUUGUUAUAUUUAUUAGCACAAGGAGCAGAAACGGAUUCUCGAAGAACGGACGGAGCGACUGCAUUGUGGAUAGCCGCACAAAUGGGUCAUGAUCACAUAGUAGCACAACUUUUAAGGGUGGGAUCGAAGGUAGACGCAGCUAGACAUGACGGAGCAACACCUCUUUUCAAGGCGGCUCAUAAAGGACAUUCUGCAGUAGUGGGAGAACUAUUAAAAUACAAGCCUUCAUUGGGAAUUCUUCCAAAUGGAGAAACAGCCUUACACGCAGCGGCCUUUUCCGGAAGUCUUCCAGUCUGCAAGCAAUUGAUGGCUGCUGGAGCAAAUCCGUGCAUGAAAAAUCAAGAACAUCACACACCUGCAGACAUUGCCAAGAAGCACAGGCAUACUUCCGUUUACGAAUAUCUUAAAACAUGUGAAACCCGUGGCCAAACAAAAUAA